CCAACUUCUAGUCUUUUCGCUGCUAUUCACAUUUGACGUUCUACUCCCCACAUCGCCGAUGGCCGGAAUAACCAUUGCCCGGUGGCUCACCGUCUCUCCAGCGCCGUCAUUCUCCCUAAUUCGCCGAUUUCUCUCCCCCUAUGCCCUUUGUUUCCACUACAGUUCCUCUCUCCCUACCCUAAUCCCCAAAACAGUUUCCUUUUUAUCAGUCUCCACAACUAACGCAUUCAGAAGCAGACCAUUUUCCACCACAACCCCGGAAACUCCAAUUUCGAUUAACUCUACUUUAGUUCCUCCGAAGCGCAACACUUUAGUCAAUUUCUCGCUAUCUGAUUCAGAAGACUCUGAUACUGAGGCGGACACGAAAGAGGAAACAAAAUCGUCGACUAAGCAAAUAGAUAAAUCCAAAUUACCACCACCAUACGACCCAUUUAACAAGAAACCCGUAAUUGAGGAACCCGAAGACCUGACAAACUUGCAAGAAGUGUUUCAGAAAAUACGUUCAGAGGGGAUGAUCAACAAUGCGGUGAAGAUGUUCGACGGAUUGUCUAAGGACGGACUGACCCACGAGGCCUUGGAGCUUUUCUCUCAAAUCAAGGACAAGAACCAAAUGCCAGAUGUAGUGGCUCAUACGGCUGUGAUCGAGGCAUACGCCAAUGCAGGGCAGCCCAAGGAGGCUCACAAAGUUUACCUACGGAUGCUGUCAUCUGGAGUGCUGCCGAAUGCGUAUACAUAUAGCGUGCUGAUCAAGUCAUUGGCGGAGAGUGGAGAAGAGAAGUUUGUAAAAGAGGCGAAGAAGUAUGUGUUGGAGAUGGUGGAGAAAAGGGGAAUGAAGCCCAAUGCAGCAACUUGUUUGGGUAGUUUUGAAGGGCUGGUGAAUGCAGGGAUGGAGGAAGAAGGAAAAGAGUUAUUGGAGAUAGUGAAGAGCAAAGGAGCCGUGCCUGAAGAGAGCAAGAUGAGAGAUGUGUUGAGGAAUAAAAGAGGGUUAGUUUAUCGGACCAUAAUGCAGGUUUUCUAUGGCAAAUAAAAGAUGAUUUUUUU